AUGUUUCGAACUCGUGUUGCUAUAGCGGCCAGCCGCUCCCUCCGUGUCCGACAGACAAAAUCAUCUCUUCUCCAACCGACAGUCAGCUUCCGUCAAUUUUCUGGUUCGGCAACUGCCUCCCAGAGCCUCCCAGUGCGAAUUCGCGGGCGAGGCACUGGCACUCUGCAAACCAUCGACGUGGAGGGGAAGCCGUAUAAGAUUCAGACGGACACGUACCAGGUUCUGGGCGGAAACGACUCGGCACCGUCACCGGUGUCCUACUCCAUGGCCAGCCUAGGUUCUUGCACGCAGGUGACGGGAUCUGUGGUUGCCAAGGACCACGGUAUUAAGCUUGGGCAAUGGGACGUGGCGGUCGAGGGCAUCCUGCCCACCGCGGUGCUGGUCAAAGGCGAGCAAGGGAACCCGAACUGGGAGAAGGUCACGGUCAAAGUGAAAGUUCAAACCGAUGUCAAGGGCGGCAGCCUCGAUCCGAAGUUCAAGCAUUUUGCCACUGAGGUAGAACGGCGGUGUCCCAUCACGCAGCUCUUCGUCCGCAGCGGAGUUGCAUUCAGCAGUGAGUGGAUAAACGAGCCUCUUUAA